CACUCCAGUGACCGAACGAUUCUCCGCGCAGUCCGCGCAUUGACAAAUUGUCGCCCGACGUGAUUGACCGGCUAUUACGAUCCCACACAGCAGACCUCAUUCAAAGAACGGUCUGCAAACGUCUUUGGAGCGUGUCCGUCCUACGAACGUGUUUAUUUGCCUGUGUUGUAUGGAAUUCGCGAGUGUACCGAGAUAAAUGCUUGACGCCGCGGCUCACUCAGCACCAACGCUACACGCGAGACGCGAGUCGUUGACGUCAGAAGCGAGAAUCGAAGCGACACGAUAUAUCGAGCUUUUGUCAACGAUACUCUGUCUGGCGUUUCGCGCAUUUCGAGAAGUUUCGUACGUUCAAGGUGUGUCGCGCAGGUGAUACCGAGCUUUCGUUUUCACAUAUAUUUACGCAUUUUCGGUGGGGACGGUGUCUCAUCCUUACGUGCACAUUACUCUUCUCAUAUCUAGCUACGAAGUUACAGAAAAACUCGCACGUUACCGCGGCAACAUUACUGACGCGGCAUUCAAAUUAAUUUUGAGGUUACUGGAGUUUGUCGGUCCAGCGCCAAGUAACAUCGCGACGUUCGAACGAUAAGUAUAAUCAUAAUCCUAUAAUUUCGCGUUUGAGUCUCCGUCAGACAAUUUACGUUACGACAAAUAGAGCGGAGAAUGAGAGGAGGAAAGGGGGAACGGAGGAGAGAGAGAGAGAGAGCAAGAUAAAACGUCGAUGAAUUGUUAACGCUGUCCGUUCGAGAUUCUUCCGUUGUCGGGUUUGCCGAGCGAGUAACAUCGUACGACUCUAGACUUUUCGCGUUACUCUUUCGCGAUGUAAUAAAAGCGUGCGUCUUGUCUUACCGCGAAUCGUAACAGUCAAUCGCGUCGAGUGAAACGAAGUAAACGCAUGUAGCGACGCGCCGCAUAGUUCACGCGGCUGCUGGACCGCUCGAGUCUCGCUGUGUGAGUGAUAGCGUCGUGAUCUUGUGUACGGACGGACGAAAUUCUUGUGCUACGUUUCCUGAAUCUUCCUGCAUCUCAAUGUACACCCGGCCGCAGUCGUGAAUUGCUCUCAUCGUGCGGUCGUCUUGCCGCGAAUCGUAAUGACCGGUCAAUCGCGUUGGAUGACAAUCGUCAAUGCGCGAGAAACGGUUAGGUUACGAGAGUUCUCGCUGUGCGAAUGAUAGCGGGGGGGAUCUUGUGUAGGAGCAUACGUAUGAAAUUCUUGUGUUGCGUCUCCUGCGUCUCCUGCGUCUCAAUGUACGCGUAAUGUACACGUAUAUUAAUAAAUACCGGAGUGCCGUGUAAACUGCCGCGCGAUUAAUUAACCACGUUUUCACGAGUGUCGAGUGCUGUGUGUUGUGUGUGUGUGUGUGUGUGGUGCAAUGAAGGAAGCUGAGAGGAGGUGGAGGCCUGGGAGGUAUCAGGCGACGGCGGAGCAACCUCGGGUUACAUCGUGAUCAACAAUUCUGCUGCGCAUCGUACCGAAUUAACCACGCACAUCGAAGAUGCAGUAAAAGGCUCGGGCUCUUGUGGAAGUUAUCACAUUCGGACAUCGACACGAGCCUGUAACCACCUUGCGACCAUCACGAUGCCAGGAACGUGCUUGAUGACCGAUGCGGUCAGGACAGCGGAUAGUUAGUGAUGAGGAGGAGCAAGUUAUCGGCGUGCCGACGGCCCAGGUCACCAGUAACAUGCCAGUCCUUGGUCCCAGCGCCGAUCCAACUCCACUUCGAGGACUUCUGAUCGCCAUCUUCGUCCUAUUGUCCCUGCCGCGUUGUCGCUGCACAGAUCUAGGACAAUGCACUACGGCGUUGGGCAUGGAGAGCGGAGAAAUCCCCGAUGAAGACAUCUCGGCGAGUUCUAUGUACGAUCCCAGCCUCGGACCGAAACAUGCCAGGCUACGACAAGACAAGGGUGGCGGCGCUUGGUGUCCGAGAAAUAUGGUAACCAAGGAAGGCAAGGAAUACCUAGAAGUGAAUCUGCACACUCCGCGUUUACUGACGUCCACCAAGACGCAAGGCAGAUUCGGCAAUGGCAACGGGGUCGAGUACACCGAGGAGUACUUUGUCGAGUAUUGGCGACCAGGGUUCAACAAGUGGGUGCGAUGGAGGAAUCGACGUGGUACAGAGCUUUUGGUGGGCAAUAACAAUCCAUAUUCGGAAGAGGAGCAGAUCUUCGAUCCAGCUAUAGUCGCAACAAAAAUCCGCUUUAUCCCUUACACCUCUCAUAUGCGUACAGUAUGUAUGCGCGUGGAGCUUUACGGCUGCUCGUGGACGGAGGGUCUCGUCUCGUAUUCCAUGCCCCAAGGAAUCAAGAGGGGUUCCGAGGUUGACCUUUCCGACAGAACGUACGAUGGCCGCGAAGAAGCGGGUUACCUCUCCGGGGGACUUGGUCAACUUGUCGACGGGCAAAAGGGUCCCGACAACUUCAGAUUGGACGUCAGCGGCAACGGAAAGGGAUACGAAUGGGUUGGCUGGCGAAACGACACACCCAACAUGCUCGGACGUCCGGUGGAAAUAACUUUCGAGUUCGACUACUCGAGGAACUUCACUGCCAUACACCUACACAUGAACAAUUACUUCACGAAGGACGUGCAGGUUUUCUCGUACGCCAAGGUCUACCUCGGCACAGGUGGCAACCAGUUUACCGGCGAACCUGUCCAUUUCUCUUACAUACCCGAUCAGGUGCUGGAGCAGGCGCGCGAGGUCACCAUAAAGCUGCAUUCGCGCGCCGGCCGCUUCCUAAAGUUACAGCUCUACUUCGCCGCGCGGUGGAUCAUGCUCAGCGAGGUAAUCUUCGAAUCAGUUAUCUCCGAAUGGAACAAUACCGAGGACGAGGAGGCAAAGAACAAGAGCGCCAUUGUACUGGCGACCGGCAGCCCCUAUCAAAAUAACGAGGGUCCACUGCAGAGAGACGAAGUGAAGGCUACUUUUAAUAAGGAGGAAAGCAAAGAUAACACCUUUCCAGAUAAGAGCAAGGAGCCGGAAUCGAAGCAAUUCGUCGGUUUAGUUAUCGGCAUCCUGACGACCGUAAUUGUGAUGCUACUUGCGGCGAUCAUGUUCAUCUUCUAUAGGAACCGUAGGCUCAAAGCCGCUCUCGCACCAUCAAACUUCUACGAUCAACAGGGUGAUCUCAAGGUCUCCGUGCCGGAGGAGGGCGAGGACAAGGGACCAAUUUGCCCCCCGCUUCCGGCGCAAUACCAACCAGCCACCUACAGCACGACGACGCCGCAAUUACACAAAACCGUCACGGAUUACACCGGGAUCAACGAGGUGCAGCCGGUUAUUCCGCUCCUGCUUAACUCGACGAUCAAUCUUGCCAGGCCAAUUCCGGCGGUCCAAGAAUAUCCGUCUAACCCGCCGCCCAUACCGCCCCCGCCGGAAAAGUAUUACGCCAGUACGGAGAUCUGUAAGAGUCCUCUACCGCCACUGCCACCCUCGCCGACAACAAGUACACCACCGCCAAUGAGCGCGAAAGCCUCUAGCAGUGUAACUAGCUACAGUCCGGAGGAUAUGCUCACGGAGGAAGAAGAGGAAAUACCCGAGUGUGUCCUUGAUUUUCCACGAGAAAAACUCAACAUCGUUGAAAAUCUUGGCUGCGGUUACUUUGGCGAUGUUCACCUCUGCGAGGUCGACAGGUUUCCUGGAUACGACGAGGUCUUCAGAAAUACCUCCAGCGAUUUAGUUAUUGUUAAAUCUUUGAAACCAGGAUCUUCUGACGCUCUCAGGAUAGAAUUUCAACAGGAGGCAAAGAGACUGGUACGACUCGCCGAUCGAAAUGUCGCGCGGCUACUCGGUGCCAGCCUCGAGGACGAUCCCAUGUGCAUCGUAUUGGAAAACGGCGAGUACGGGGAUUUGAACCAAUACCUGCAGAGUCACAUCGCCGAAACUUCGAAUUUGCACACGGCCAAGACGCUCAGUUUCGGCACAUUGGUUUACAUGGCCACGCAAAUAGCAUCCGGCAUGAAGUAUCUUGAGGAAAUGGACUUCGUGCAUCGGGAUCUCGCCACAAGGAAUUGUAUCGUGUGUCGCGGAUGCACGGUUAAAGUAUCUGAUUUGGGAAGCGGACGAAGCGCAUAUGCGGCGGAUUACUUCCGUGUCGAAGGACGUCCUCCAUUACCGAUUCGUUGGAUGCCAUGGGAAUCGAUGCUAAUGGGAAGGCACACGUGCAAGGGCGACGUCUGGGCGUUUGCCGUUACGCUGUGGGAAAUUCUGACGUUUGCGCGGGAGCAGCCCUUCGAGGAGUUUCCGGAUCAUCGAAUAGUGGAGAACGCGACUUACUUUUAUCAAGAAGAUGAGCGAAGGAUGAUACUGCCGCUGCCAAAAAACUGUCCCAAAGAGAUCUACGACUUGAUGCGCGAGUGUUGGCAGAGGAACGAGGUCGACCGACCAAACUUUCGCGAGAUCCAUCUGUUCUUGCAACGAAAAAAUCUCGGUUACAAACCCGGUGAGUCGAACGAUACUUGAUAUAGAGAACUGGAAGGCUGGAAUCUCAUCCGGCUUUCUAUGAUCGGCGAGUUAAACGGCAAUUGGUGGAACUGCCCUUCAUCGACCAAGUUAGACCAAGUCAGACCAAGUUAGUACCUAGGGUGGCGAUCCAUAAAUCGGCUAUAACGAACGUAAAUUGUUUGUGAUGUCGUGGUCGGAUGCGUCCACCGUGUCGAUGAUAGCCAUCGUACGAUGACACUUACGUGCGAGAAUAAGGAGACGUAGAGGUCUACGAACUGAUCGCGCCCAGAAUUUUUCACGACAUUAAGAUCACUUUUAUUUUUUUUUUUUUUUUUAGCGACACCGUACAUCGCUAUGAAUAGCGCUGUAAAUUUAAUCGAUAACCGCACAGCGUUCGUGUGCAAGCUACGUGGACAUUGUCCAUUCGCUUUCUUUUAAUGAUUCCUUUGCACGAAUCAAAACUGAAAUGUUAUCGCCGCGACAUGGAUCGACAUCUAUCUCGAUACUACCAAGAUGCACGUCCGAUCUAAUGACGCGCAAUGCUUGACAAUAGCAAUUGAAUGUUAAUUUUUUUAUACGCAUACUAUUUUUUGAUCCGCCAAAUAUUAAUUUUUAUAUAUAUUUGAUUGACAUAUCACUGGAAAUUUGUGAUCAUUAUAAACGCUUAGUUAACGUGAUAAGUACUCGAUCUUCCGACUCGUUCUCGUGCAACUUCUUUUCGUUUCUCCUCCCUUUUUUCGCGCGCUAUUCUUACAUCAAUCGUCUACGGAAGUUAGACGCGUUGACCAAAACGGAUAGCCCCGCGAUAAUGAUACCGAGCACCCACCGACACCGUAUCCACGCUUGAGCAAUCGAAUGGAUAGAUUAUGAUUUUGAUCCGUGGCAUUCGCUACGAAAUGGAACGUCACUAGCGCUGGCAAUACGAGGGGAGCACGUUCGAUAAAUCGCACAUACGCUGUUCCGAAAUUGAUACUGUCAGCAAACAAGCUUAUGAUAUUCCCGCCGUAACGGCACUCGUGUCACGUUCGGGAUAUACGUGGCUCGGACUCGAAAAUCGCGCGUUGUACGUAACAUUUCUGCCGACGAAUAACGUAGUCAUUUUCUAAGCUCCAAUCCUUGAAAUGAAAAAAAAAAGUGGACCUUUGUAAGAUCGAAGUCCGCCGACUUUCAUCGUGGGAUUACGUUAUCCGUUUUUCGGGCCUUUUAUAUGUCGGUUUCAUAAACAUAUUUGUGAAAGAAACUUGUUUUUCCAAAAAAUAUAGAUCUAUAAUACAUAAAUAUAUAUAUAUAUAUACACGUAUACAUAUACCGUUUUUAAGACAAUUACGCGAGUUGUUGUUUUUAGGAAAGCAAAAUCUAUUAUGAGCGUAUACGACCGAGUCGAUUAUAAUAUUAAUCAAUGUAUUUCCGAUGAUGUUUAACAAAACCAUUUGUACUCUUUGCUCUUCGUUUUAUUUUCCAAGCUAUCGUUCGAGAAGACAAAUGUAAAGACAGGCUAAUUAUCGUUCAUCCAACCGUUUAAUUGCACCGACCAAUAUCCUUCCCUCCAAUUCACUCGAACGACGAUUUCUCGUUAACUUUUUAAUUGAACACUCGCCACAGUGGAGCGCAGAAAGAAUUAUAUACGAACGUCGCUUCAAGGAGCUUAUCAAUGCACAAAAAAUUAUGAAAUGGGUUAAGAGGAACAUUCUGUAAAAUUAAUCAUUGCGCCCGUACAAGAAGCAUUUUUCGAAGAGUACGGGAAAAGGAGUAGUAAUCUUAAGCCGCGUUAAGUUUGCGUUAAGUUCCCUUAAACUACUCUUAAGCUUAAGAUGCGCUUAGCCGAAGUGCAUAAAUGUUUGACAAUACCAUUAGAGGUUGCAGUAUAAAUUCGUAUAAAGUGUGUAAAGAAUGUUGAAGGAUUAAUCGACAUGUAAAUUAUUAGAUCAUUCUAAGACCGGCAUUCUAUUGGCGGUCGUAUCGUAUAAUCGUUUUAGGGUCGUUAACUCUAUCGAUACAUACAAAACUUCUCUCGUGCCCCGUUGCUCAGCUUCGGCAGAAGCCGUAAGUUGUAUGUAUGCCGUGAUUUUAGAGGAAAAAAAGAGCACAUGUGACCUGACGUUAAGUUUAUAAUGUGGAAUAGAGAUAAGCGAUUUACCCGGCAAAUGUUUUUGCUUCAUUUCAUUCGUAUUAAAAUCUGAUUAGCUUUCCAAACAGUUUACAGAUUAUUUAUUAAACUUUCUUUUAAUGAUCAAAUUUUUGAGAUUGUUAUUUUGUUCUCUGAAUUUUUUUGUCUCUCUACUCGAACCGACACACAUAUAUUCUAGCAGUAAAAUACAUUUCCAGGUAAAUGGCUGUCGUUAGUAUGAAAUACUGAAAGACUAUACUUGUUAGAAUGGUUCUGUACGUGUAGCGAAAGGAAAACAAUAGAGUUGUGCGAAACACGACAGAGAUAUUCUGUGACGUUCAAAAAUUUGUUCGUCGUGUAAAUCCCAAUAUGUUGUUCUAGGUACCUAGCCUCGUGCAGGCUCAAGAGACUCAUGCUCGUGAUUUGUAAUAUAAUUAAGAAUAGGACGUAUUAUAUAUAAGCGAUGAAUGUGUACGAUUAAACAAUUACGAAAAAGAAUUUUUAUCUCUUUUUUACAGCAUAUUCUUCGCGGAAUUUGUUUCAUAUCAGAAACAAAAUAAGUUAAAAAGAUUAUAUUUAAUCUCAGAUAAAUAAGAUUGAUGUAAAUAUCUUUCUUAAUUUUUUUAAUCUUUAUAUUUUCUAAUAGUAUUACCUGUUUCUCUUAUUUGCCUCUUUCUUAUUAUUCUGUAAGUAUUAUUCCGAUUGCUAACUAAAAAUUCAGUAUUUGGAUCAAAAAUUAGAUUUCUUUAAUAGUAAAUAAACGACGAAACAAGAAUAUUACUCAAUUUCUAUUAUCGCUUAAAUUAUUGUGAAAAGGAAAAAUCUAAUAUUGACAUGACGUUGAUAAUUUAAUAUAUAAAGUUAAAAAUAUCUUAAGGACUACUGCCACUGCGCGUUAGCGAAACGAAUAUAUCAAGUGAUAAUCGCGACCUUUUAAUUCGAGGUCCAGAGAUCAAUACUUCAUGAAUUAUCUUAAUUCUUUACAUACCCAUGUUCAAACUUUCAAAUGUAUGUAAAUGGUACGUUCGAUCCUGCAGGACUCGCGAAUGUAUCUUUUACAGAGCUGAUGUAUAUAUAAUCACUUGGGAGACUAUAUAAUGUAGCGAUAAUUUUAGACUGACGCUUCCUGCACGAUCGAACGUGACUCAAACUACGUUAUACAUAUCUCUUCCUACAAAAAGAAUUGUAUUCAAAUUAGAAUUUUCCGCAUAUAGAUUUUUGUAUCGGUUGUUUUAAUUUUUUCGAAAGGGAGAUUCCAUAAAAUACGCGGUUCAUAGCGUUAAUACUUGACAAAAAUGUAGUAACUUAUUUUAUAUAUGAAAGACACGUUUUAAAUAUUGACAUAUCUUUCAAAUGACAGACCUUUCACAAUUAUCGAAAAUUCGACAUAUCGCAUACAUAUCUCGUCGUCUCUCUAUUUACAAUCGAAAGAUGAUUGAUUUUAGUAAGUCAAUUCGCAACGGCAGUUCUUUCUGUAGGAAGCGUUCUCCUUAACGUUCAGAGAAAACCGUAAGUGUGAAAAUCAUUGUAGAUUAUUACGUAAUCUCGAAUCAACUCCGCCGACUAUUUAUUCUCAAUAGCGAUAAUCUAUUAAGCGGACGGAAGAGAAUACUUUGUACAAUUUUUUAAUAAUGAAAACCCCCUAACUGUUGUAAAUGCAUCGCGACUCCGAUCUUGCAUCAUACGUUUUAUCCAACGAGCGCAUCGGCGAGACGGUUGAAAGUGGAUCAAACCGUGAAAUCAAGAUUCCUCCCACUGCAGAAGCCUGUUAAAUCACGCACAGUGAUAUUUACAAACUGAUAUACAGCGUAAUUAUUAAGAUACGUUAAAUAGUACGAAGGUUAAGGAAGAUUUAUAUAGCAAGGAGGGGAAAAACGUUUGCAAAAUUUAUAUAAAUGAGAUUUUGUACUGUCUCGAAACUCCCGACGAAGCGUCGCUUAAUCGCCUAAUACGUAACACAAUUCAAUACAUCGACCAAUAUGUCGAGGAAGACAAUAUCGCGAAAUGUGCUUCGGCAGUGGUACGAAAUACGAUUCAAUGAGAAAAGAACUUUACCAUUUUCUCUGGCGAACGAAAAAGAUUUACACAAUUUAUUCGGGCAUCGCUCGAGCGUAUCCACGUUCGCUGGAGUCUGAUUUUCGUUGAACAACGCGUUCUCUCUUUUACCAGCUCAAACGAGCUCUAUUUUUCAUGCGUACGCAGCCAAUGGCAGCGGGCCCGAUCGCGCACUCGCCUCUCGCCGUUAGACGCAAACAAAAGUCGAAACUCGGACGCUCCGAGUACACGCGGAUUCCGCGCGUUUGCCGAUGGAAUUUAAUAUCUGCUGCCUUCGUUACGAAACAUACGGCCGUGCUUUUUUUUCACCCUUUUCCCCAACUCGUUCGCCUCAUCCCUCACUAUUCAUUCUUCGCGUUCGUUUCUCAAUGCGAUCGAGGAGGCAUCAGCCGAGAGAGAGACACGAUCUUUGCUUAAAAUACACGAUAGAAUCGAACGAGGUGGAACAGCACUACAAAUCGAAUUAAAUUCCUGCAUCGCGUAUAGAUCGUUGUUAUUCGGAUGCAUCGCAUGCCAAUUUGAAAUUCUUUGAUCUCAGAUAACCACACUGACAUACUCGCGUCGGUAAAAUGCGUGCGAAAAAAAUUUCAUAACUGUAGCUCUUAGCUAAAAAAGAAGUUUUAUAUGCGUUUUAUGAACAAACGAACAUCUACGGCACGUCUGUACGUAAAAUUUAACACGGAAAAGUAAUCAGUAAUCCAGGAAUUUAAUGUUUCUCCAGUUUUUACGAUUUUAUUUUCCAAAUAUUCCGCGUAAGCUCGCGCGCCUCUGAUUUCUCAAAAUUUCAAGUUAUUUGAAAUAUUGUGUGCGAUAUGAAGUGAUAUUUUUACUUUCGUACGGAGAAUCUGUCGUAUAGCUUCAGUUCACAGUAGUCGUUUAUCAUAUUACCGAUGUCUGUUGAAUAAUUUAAGUAAAGAACAUUCUUUCUCUCUCUCCUCCCCCACCCUCCUCUCUUUCUCAUUCCCCCUCCUACGACAGUCUUUAGACAAAUAAAUAUCGUCGUUCCAGGCUGCUAAACAUGCACGGCGAAACGGCACACGCCAAUCUCUGCGUGCAAAUAUAAACGACGAAAUGGGUUGUAAAUAAGCAGACUGCGCACAGCGGCUAGUAUAGGGCCAGUUAUCUAUUGUUAUCGGCGGACAUAUUGACUAUUGUACGCGAUCAGACAUACCUUCCUGGCUGUCCCUCUCUUCCCUUGCGACCCUGUAUAAAUGUCACGCAACUGUAUUUAAUACGUUUGUACAUAGCGAUUCGUUUUCAAUAAAUAUUCAACGCUUUGAUUUCUG